AUGGGACAAGAGAAACUAAGCGGCCUAGCUCUCUUGACGAUUGAAUCUGAAACGACAAAAUCUCUAGACUUUGAGGACAUCAUCGAGGCAUUUGCCCAGCAAAAAGCCAGGAGAAAAAUACAGGAACAGCAGAGAGUGUCACCAGGACACCACAAAUGCCGUAAAGUGAUUGAUGAACUGGGCUCGGGGGUUCGGAGGUUCAGGGGUUCGGGGGUUCGAGGGUUCGGGCGUUCAGGGGUUCAGGAGUUCAGGGGCUCGGGGGUUCAGGAGUUCAGGGGCUCGGGGGUUCAGGAGUUCAGGGGCUCGGGGGUUCAGGAGUUCAGGAGGUUCAGGGGCUCGGGUGUUCGGAGGUUCGGGGGUUCGGAGGUUCAGGGUCACGGCGUCACCAAGGACGCCGAGAUCACAAGGCGCGGAACUAAUGAGUAUGGCGGAAUAAGACAAUACGUGGUUGGAUUACAGAUUGUUAAGACUGAAGACAUGAGUGGAGAAGCCAUCCAAGUUCAAGUGCCUAAACCCAAGAUGCAGAAGACAAAAGUAUUUAAUGUCCUCAAUGCCAAGAGUCACAGUCACCCUUGGGAGAAUCGCACAAAUCUGAGCGAUGUCUAUGAAGGUCCAAUCACAGGCAGGGAGGCUUGGUGGCGAUGUCAAAUUCGAACAACGCCAGUGCCAGGUGCAUAUGAGACAAGAGAUUUCUUACAAGAUCUGGAGAAAAAGCCAAACUCUUACAGAUUCAAGUCUGAUGGAAGGAAACUGCCAAGUGAUUUUGCUGGGAAGGGGGCCAUGCUGUUACCUGGAGGAUAUCAGCACUAUGACUUUAUUGACAGCAUAUCCAAGAAGCCUGCCACCUACCGCUUCAAAGCUGAAAAGAGGGAUGCCUUUGAUGUUCUCAACUUUGGGAAAAAAGACAAGGACAUUACAGUUUCUCCAAACGCUUACGAGAUGGAAAAGUACUUAUCAGUGACUGCGGAGAAGACUCCUGUCAAGAAUUUCAUGUUUAGAUCUCAGUCAAAGCGAUUCCCAACCCAGUCCUUCAAGCCAAAAGAUGGUCCUUCACCAGGAGCAUACAGCGUCAAGAACCACACGCCUCCUUGUCCAUCCAUCACCUCCAGCUUCCGAUCAAAGACUCCCAGAUUCCAGACCUCCCACACGAAUACACGAAAGAAAGUGCCAGGCCCAGGCUCCUAUGCAAAAGCCUUUCAGCAUCCUAUACCUCCAACCAUUUCAAAGAUGGGCCGCCAGUAUGGUUUAUUCUUCACAAGCGAAUUCCAGACUUAGAGUUCAUGAACAUGUGUUGCAGUGUGUGUUUAUUCGUCUGUUUGUUGGUAUGUUUUUUUAGUUCAUUGUGUGUUCUGUUCCAGUCUGAAUCUGUAUUUUUAUGCCUUUUUAUUUUGUUUUAUGGUCAUAUUUGUGUUGUUGAUUGACAGGCCAGUUGGGGGGAGGGGUGGGGAUGUGCUUUGAGGAUACAUUAAAAGUAAGUCUGGAGUGGGGUUUUUUCACCUUUUUUUUGGAGGAGGGGGGUCAGACACAUUCAGUUUAUGACUAGACGUCUAUUUCUCCUGUGUGUUGGUGGGGGUAAAGGGGUGACAUAGAUCUUGAAGUUCUUUUUACCUUUUAGGUACAUCAUGAUACAUGUAUAUUGAAUUGUAACACACCCAGGCAAUAAUUUUUCAACUCUGAUCAUACCACAGUGGGGUUAUUCUGAUCGUUUAGAUGAUCACAGAAUGAACACAUUUACAUAUAUUUAUAGAGCUACAAGAGGUUAUUAAAAAAAAUUUU